AUGUUUUCAAUAAAUCUUAAAUUCCCAUCUUUAAUUAAUUAUAUGAGUAAACCUAAAGACAGCCUUACAGCCCACCUAGAAAAAUCAACAAUUUCCAAUAUAAUCCAAACAGCAAGAGCUUCAUUAAAAGACCCUUCAAGGCCUUAUACCCCUGCUGAGUCAGUUAGAACUCUUUUUACUAAUGAUGGGACAUCAAGACCAAACUCAAGCUAUUCUUUGAAAGCUAUGGCUGCCGAUAUUGCUCCAAAAAGAACUGCAAGACAAAAUAACUAUGAGCCACUCCCACAGCCUACAAGGAGAAACAUUUCAAGUGGCGGGUCUAAAAAAAGCACGAGGGAGCCUGUGAAAACAAUUCAAGAAGACACUUUUAAUGUUGACGAGACAAAUAUGAAACAUCUGCUUGACGAGAGGCCAGAUCUAAAAGAAAUUUAUGAAGAAAAUAAAGAAGAAAAGAGCGACUUAUUAAGCGAAAUAAAAGAAAUUAUAGGAAAUUGCUUUUUAAGCGAAUUUAGGGUGUAAAUCAUUUUUAAGCAAAAAAUUUUUUAAAAUAAAGAAAUUACAAGCAUUCUUGAAAAAAUGCAUCAGCACCCAGAAGUCCGAACUUUAUAUGAAAAUGAUGACAUUGAAGCUUUAACUGUAAGAAUCACUGAGUCUUUAAACUCCCUCCGCUUUGCUACCAAAAAGCCUAAAUGAGCCCAGCCACAAGUAAUUUUAAAGCUUUUAGGGCUUGCUUUAGAAAGAUUUGAGAAUGAAAUCAGGAAACUUCUAAAGCUUGAAAGGUGCUUAUUGCAAAAUUUAGUUGACCACGAUUUAUUGUACAAAAAAAAAGAAAGCGGGCUAGUAGGGACUUCCAUAGCAACUGCUGCUGUUAAAUUGCUUUAUCAAUAUUCUAAAAAUAACCAAAAUGAUGCAAUUUUUGUGGAGGAAGGCUUGCUAAAUACACUCCAUGCAGCGGUUACAAAAGUGGUUUCUAAUGAAGACAGCGUCCCACACGAUAUCAUGCUUUUUGUGCUUGGGAUUGUUAAAAAUCUGACCUCUAAUGCCAAAAUCCAAGAAUUGGCUGGGAAAAUUAAUUUUAUUGCGCCUUUAGCGUCAAUGCUGCCUUGUCUGUAUCUAGAUGAUGAUAUUCCAGAGUAAAAUUUAUAUAGCAACCCUAAACAAGUCCAUUUGUUAAUACAAAUUACAGGGAUUUUAAGAAAUUUAGCAUUAGAAAAAACAAGCUACCAAAAUAUUUUGCUAUUCCACGUAAUUGAAAAAAUUGCGAAAAUAAUGCAAAUUCAUAUAAAUUCUCAAGAAUUAAUAUCAAAUUCGUUAAGGGCGCUCAGCAAAUUAUCAGUUCAGCAAAAAGUGUGUAGCAUUUUGCAAGAAAAUGAUGAAAAUUUAGUAACUAUUGUAAAAGCCAUAGAAAAAUACAGAGAAAAUUUGCCAAUUAUAAUAAGAGGCUGCUUUGUGUUAGCAAAUAUAACGAUGACCCCCCUCAAUCUUCAUGUCUAUUGCAACAAAAAUGCAAUUUUUUAAUAUAUAAAAUUUUAUAUAAAAAAAAUAAAUAAUUUUCAUGUCUCUUGCAACAAAUUAUAUACAUUAAAAUGGCGACACGUAUCAAUCUGCCCUCUUGGCGCAGCAGUCCAGACCUUAUGGCUACAGCGAACUGGGACGGACUCCGAGCCGAGAAUCAGACGCAGGCUCAAGAAGUGCGUAUCCGGGUAGGUUUUUGGCUGCUCUCCUGUGUUUGGAAAUGGAGGUGCUCAACAACGUCCUUGGAUCCAAGGACCCAUGGGUAUUCUUCUAACGAGAAAACUGGGGGUUUCAGCCCAGGCCACAGGGGAACAGUCUUUUUUCCUGUAGCUGUCGAAGAAAGGCACUUUGAUACCCAAUAGACUACAAGAGCUGAUCCUUGGAAUCAAGUUACUCCAAUCGCCCGUAGCAGGGCCGCAGAAAUCAAUAAGCUGCCCACUCAAGACUGAACUCCCAAGGCAAUGAGGAGACAGAAGGUACCGGAAGGGCACUCGUAAGAGGGAUAGAUCCUAUGGACUGGAGUCGAAAAGCAGUAGAACCUUCCGUACGGGAGGUCUUUAAUGACUGCGUCAUUAAUAUGGCUAGCGCCUGUCUGUAAUAAUCCUAAUCCUCUUGCAACAAAUUUUCGAUGCGCAUCUUAAAAUUUUCCGUACUUUUUAGCUAGUUAAGUUUAAUAAAAUGGCGAGCGAUGGCAAUAGCCGUCCAAAUCUCGAUGAGAAGGUCAUUGACACACCUACAGUAGCUCUGUUUUAUGGUUUUUUUGAGAAACUCACCUAGAGAAAAUGCAUUAAUUUUUUUUUAUAAAAAUUUUGUGUUGCAGUAGGCAUGAAGAUUUUUUCGAAAAAUUUUUGUUGCAGUAGAUAUGAAGAUUGAGGGGGGGGGUCAUCGUUAGUAACAAAUUUCGAAAAAGCCAGAAAAGUAAUAGCAUAUAGUAUUAAUUUGAUACUAGAAAUUGCAAUACAAAAGAAUCUUGGUGAUAUGAGGCCAGAUUGUAUAGACUCAUUAGUCAAAGGUGUAAGGCUAAUAGCUAAUAUUAUCACUGAUAAAGAUGCUGGAAAAGACCUUACACAAGCAGAUAACAUCGGAAAAUGCUUAUUUACUAUAUUAAAUUCUUAUAAUUAUACAGACCAUGAAGAGCUUAUUCUCAAUACAAUCGCUUGUGCUACAAAUUUGCUAUUUUAUGACCAGCCUCAGUCUCCCUUUAUUUCUGAAGAUACACGUACACUUAUUCUCUCUAAGGUUGCCCCUUUGAUGGUGCAAACUCUAAAUGCAGAAAUAACCCUUGAGGCUGUCAGAGCAUUAGGGAAUUUAACUAGGCACGAAUCUGUCUGUAAAGAGCUGAAUAUAUUUUUUCCAUUAAAUUUAUCAAUUUUUUAAUUUUUUAAAAAAAAAAUAAAAAAUCAAUUAAUUUAGCAUAAUCUGCAAAUAAUUGAUAUUUUAAUGCUCUUAAUGGACCAUUCUGAUGAUAAUGUAGUUUACUACACCUUAGGCUCUCUCAUUAAUAUUUCUUCAGUUGCCAAACAACUAUUAUACUCUGAAGCGUUUUUUGAAAAAGCUGGGAUGCAGCUAGAAGCUAUGGCUUUAUCAGAGCCAGAAUUUUCUACUCAGAUUUGCAUGAUUUUAAAUAAUUUGUGUGUGGUUUCAAGAGGGAUGGUGCCUUGAGAAAGUGUGGCUGGAGAAGAUAACGUAAAAAGAAUAGCUGGAAUAAUCAGAGAGCUGAAAAUGGCUUGUGAUCAAUUAAUUGCGAAUGGAGAGGAGCUGCAAGACUUGCAGAGCAUGCUGGAGCCGCUGCAAGAAAUGAUGCCAAAGCCGUUUAUUCCUUGUUCUUACCCAGGAUGUGGAAGAAAAUUCCCGAAUCAAAUCAAAUGUUAGUUAUUUCUAUUAUUAUCCACUACGAUUUUGCCAUCGCGCCAUCUUCCUCCAGCCCGCCAAAUAGUGGCCACCUUGACCUUGCUUCAUGAUGAGGACUCCAGUCUUGAGGUUUGGGCUUUGACAACUCUUCUUUGAUUUUGGCUACCUGCUUAGAUCUGUCAGGCGCCCUAAAGGUCCUAGUCUCCACCUGGGUUAAGUUGCAUCCUUCUGGAAAAUUCAAUUUCCUAAGGCCAGGAGUCCUGUAGGAAAAACACCCAGCUCUUGCUUCCCUGACAUAGCUGAGAUAAUUUAUUUUAUUUUUAAUUUGAUUAUCACCUAUGCAUUUAAGGUCAACUUUCUCUUUUUCUCAAAGUCUCUUUCUUUAUAUCAAACAACUGCACCAAAUACUUCUUUAUUAUGUAUUGCAAUAAUUUUCUUAUCAUGCAUAUGCAUGUCAUUUCGAAUUUGGUACGUGAAAACCAAAUAUGCGUUUCAAAACGCAGAUUUUAGUGCGGCAAAUUCAUAAUUUGAAAUUUCAUAUGAAAAUGGCGCUUAUAGCAUCCAUAAGAAAUUUUAUCAACGGAUUAUAUCAAUUCACCCAGCAAUCUCUCUCUUUAAAACUCCUAUCAACAAUCGUUUCAUCUAAUUUUUCUGACAUAUCUGAAAUAAUUUCACCAACCUCAUAAUUGAAUUCCCGAACCAGGAAUUGCUCCAAGACCAUUGGCGAAGAAGACAUGAAGAUGAAUAA